GCGGUCUCUUUCGAAGCAAACGAGAAAGUUUCACUUUGAAAAUCAUCUCUCUAGUUUUCGUUUGGGUCUAAUUAUUUGGCCAGGGCUCUGCUGCCGAGCGUUUCUGGGUGAACACUGGGUGGUUGUGCUUUUCCAUUAAGGUGGAGGGGCGCAGUAACGAAAGUAUUGUAACAGGAUUUCGUUGAAUUUAUUUACGUCAGAGACGGAAGCCGUACGAAGAUUUUAAUAUCCGUCGUUCUUUGGACUUGAACCGUACUAAUACACCGUAGUAGCCCCCUACUGUGUAAUAAUAAAUAAUAAGUCUGCCAACUGGAGGAAAGCGAGGUAACUUUAUACCCCUCUCCGGAAGGGACGUCUUGGGUUCUUUAUUUUAUUUUAUUUUAGUUUUAAACUUAAAUAGCGUCAAUAUGUGUCAUAGGUGGGAGAGUUCAGCAAAGUUUCAGCAAGGGUUAUUCUGUCCAUUCGAAAAAGUCCGUUGUAGUAGCGCGAUGUCGUGUGUGUACAAAGUUUUCUCAAGUUGAUUAUUCUAUAGGUUAUAGACCUUUUUAAGAUUCCUCGGUGUAAGCAGAGCGAAAAGUCGUGCGGCUAGUCGACUAGUGCGCACCAUGGCGGGGGAUAGCCGUAACUAGCUGCAGACUUGGCUUGAUUCUUCGAAUCACCUUGUUGUUCGGCUCAAUGUUACUGUAGUCUGGCACUCUGUGUUGUAUGUCAAACCUAUUGCGUUGAUUUCUCGAAAAGUUAGGAAAUGGUUAAUGCCAAGUGUCUUAUAUGUUUUUGUACUCAACAAUCUAAAUUAGGAAAAGGACGGAAGUUCUACAAAAUACCAGAGUACACUAAAUGUGAUAGGUUUUCUGAUGGUGACAAAGUUCUCAUUGAAAAAAGAAGAAUACUUUGGAUGCAACUUGUAGAAAAAAACUUACAUGGAAGAAGUUGCAACUAUUUUGUGUGUUCACAUCACUUUGUCUCAGGUAAACCUGCAUAUUUGUAUUCAACGAAUGACAUUGAUUGGGUUCCAACGAUCAAUUUAGGCUCCCUUGGACAAGAUACCCAGUUGUUGUCCCUACCUACAGGGAAACCUGCAAAAGCUAUCUACCCGAGGCAUCCAGAUUUUGUGCCAUCAUUGUUGUUAGGGGAUGAGCCACUAGAAUUAAUAGACUCACCUCUCCUUCCUGUAAUUCAGGAUCAUUCUUUGCCGAUUGAUGAGCUUGAUCAACACAACAUUCCAAGUAAUUGCGAAGAGAGUUUACACACAACCAUAGAAUGUGAACUUUCCAGCGAUGAGAACCCAUCUGAGACUACAUUACAUCUAGAUUCAUUAUUAUGCCAUGAAAGUCUUUCACAGAGUGAUGAUUGUAAAGAUAUAGACUGGGUUCCUUCGCCGAUGAUAUAUGAUGUCGUUCCAGAAUAUUUUGUGGAAUGUAUUCUAAACGAUUCAGAAGAUCCACUUUCGUUACCUGAUGGAAGUGAUUUACCCAAUCCAACUACAAGUGUUCCAGAAUCAAGCAUCAAUUUUUCUAGCCCAAGCCACACUUUUCUUCUUACAGUUGAUCGGCCUUUAACUCACCACAUCGUCGUUCAGGAUAAAAUUUCUAUACCCAAUAAACCCACACCAGUUUGGCUAAAUUUGAAUUGCUCUCUGAGCAAUUUGGUCACACCUACGGUGCCAAAUGAUCGUAUGGAGGUUAGUUCUUCUGCGUCUUGCAAGUUAUUAGACCACAGCUACGUACUGGUACCUCCAAGAUCACCUACUUCUCCAGGCGAGAGCGCUGCUGCGUCAUCUACAUCGCGCAAUUCCCAAUUAGCUACAUCUCAGGAACCACAAAAAAAUGCUGCCCCAUAUGAAUCUGAUCACAGUUACGUUCUUCGUUCUUCUUCGACCCCUACUGUGACUGAGGAGGAAAGUCUUCAUUUGGAUAUGGCGGGUUACCGCAACUUCAUUGAAGGUGUCGCUACUCCUACAGCUGAAUGGACUUGGUCUUUCAACGAACGAAACAACAAUCUAGUGUGUUCUUGUCAUUUUUUUUCCCAUGACGGAGUGAUGACUAUCAAAUCUGUAAAAAUGAUCACCAUGAACAGAGUUGCGUUGUAUCUGAAUGGAAAACCAAUUACGCCUCAGGAUAUCCAAUUAGAGUUUCGAAGUAAAGCUGAAUUAGCCAAUAUUCUUGAAGAUUUCCAUCACCGAAAAAUAUGUCAAGGAAUCGUGGAUGAUUCGCUAGCAGAUGUCGAAGUGACGGAUAAAUGUGCUCGUAACAAGGAAGGCAAUUUGUGGCGCUCAAAAAUGCGCAUGGAAAUUGCUGGUUCUAAUUUAUGUUCAUCAUGCCGCCGUUUUAUAGAUUAUUAGAAGACAACCAAGAAAUUGAAAAAUUCGAAAGAAGAUGCGUUCCACCGAGCGAACGCUGAAAUGAGCAAUGUCUAGCAAGUUGAGGUACCAAUGGUACCAUGGAUGGUUUGCGCAAAGAAAGGAAGAAGCUUUACUGGAAUAGCCUUGAUGUAAAAAUAAAUAAGCUUCUAAUAAGCCCAAAGAACAGCUAGUUGUGAAAACAAUGAUGUUCAAAGCAACAGUGAAUCCUGGAAGAAACGAUCGGUUCGGUGCAAUGCGUUACGAUCCCGAAUUUCUCAAAGAAUGUUUGCGAAUCACACAACAGAUUCCGGUGAUUCGAAUAAAUCAACAACCGAAUCCACUUAAUGUUUUCGCCAAAUAAAAUUUCAUUGAACAAUCAAAUGUGUAAAAUGAAUGUUCUGACAUAG